CUUCAUGAACUUGAAAAUGGUAACAAAAAGUCAAACAUCUCCUGAAUCGAAGAGGUGGAAGAAUAUAAAUGGUGAAUGAAAACAACAGUCGAAGAGUCCAGGUGAAGACAGUGUCUUAAGCACUCUGUGUUGCGAUAGUACUCGGAAUUAGGAGACUGAACCAAAAUGAAGCUCUUCGUUACUUUACCAUUUUUAUCAACACUUAUCCUCGCGGUGUAUUCAUUCGGAGGGAGUGAAGACAAGUUUUUAAAGAAAUAUGCAAUGAUGAAGAUUUACGAAAGUUGUUUUGGCCCCGAAGUUGUGAAGCAAAUCCGAAAAGAAAUGCGAGCGGCUUGUGCCAAAUGCUCGGCUUUGGAAACACCACCCGCUCCAGAACAAAAACCACCAAAUAAAAACGAAGAAAACCAAUUUCCAGCUCCGCCGAAUUUCGAUGCCGAAAAACUGCAUCACGCGAUUUUGGCUUAUAGACCGGAUAAUUUCCAGAACUCUCCACCAUCGCCGUUUUAUCGACCAUACGCACCCGCAGCAGGGAUGACCCCUUUUUACGGCUUACCUUAUGCCAACCCAGCCUACCCCAACCCCUUGAUUUACCCCGCAUUUUCGCAACAACCGAGCCAAUUUUCCCCAUAUGGCGCCUUCCCCAUGCUUGGCCAAUCGUUUUAUGGCAACAGGGCUUCCCGCGACAUGGAUUUUAAAACACAACUGGAAGCUCUGACCUCAAAAAUGAGCAACAAAGUCAGGAACGUCACCUGCGUGAUGCAGGAAUUGGGCUAUUUGGACGAGAAUUUGGAGCCCAACUUUUUGAGAAUUAGCGAAAGGAUCUCCGCUUUGCCUGUCGGUGAGGAUUUGAAGCGGGAUAUGCAAGACGGGGUUACGUUCUGUCAGCAAUUUUCGCAAUGUGUCCCCGAUGUGAAAAAGGACAAAUCACCGCUUUCGCGCGAACUUAUUCGUCCCAUGUUCUUCUUCAAAUGUUACAAGCAUAAAAAAUUGGAAGCUUGUAUUAUGAAGGAUGUGAGGGAGAAAUAUGCGGGGGUUGCUGAUGACGAGUUUGAUAAUGAUGUUGAAUUGAGGAGGACUGGAAAAGGUAUGGAUGUGACGAAGUCGCAGGAAGAAGUUGACGAAAUGGCGACGUCAAUGUAUGAAUUUUUGUAUGGGGGAGAGAGCAAUGUGAAUAUUGAAGGCCUUUUGUAGACAAUUAAUGAAAAAUAGCCGUUAGAAAAUACUCAUAAUUCCUAUAUAAUCUAGUAUUAUGUAUUUUUACAUUGGCAGAUGUAGAUUUUGUAUCACGUAUUUAUUUUUGAAUUGAAUUUUGACAACGGAAUAGAUCCCUCUUGGUCAUGUUUUA